UCCCGCCCUGUGCAGAGUUCUGUCCAGCAAGUGAGGAAGAGAGCGUUGGUUCUCCCGGGACAGAAGAGAUGGCUUUCUUCAGCACCCAGCCUCCAUACAUGAACCCAGUCGUCCCCUUUACUGGAAUAAUCCAAGGAGGGUUGCAGAACGGACUUCAGAUCACCCUCCAGGGGACCGUCCACCCUUUUCCAAAUAGGAUUGCGGUGAACUUUCAGACCGGCUUCAGUGGAAAUGACAUUGCCUUCCACUUCAAUCCCCGGUUUGAGGAAGGAGGAUAUGUGGUUUGCAACACAAAGCAGAAUGGAAAGUGGGGGCCUGAGGAGAGGAAGAUGCAGAUGCCCUUCCAGAAGGGGAUGCCCUUUGAGCUUUGCUUCCUGGUACAGAGGUCGGAAUUCAAGGUGAUGGUGAACAAGAACUUCUUCGUACAGUACUCACACCGCGUGCCCUACCACCUCGUGGACACCAUUUCGGUCUCGGGCUGCUUGCACCUGUCCUUCAUCAACUUCCAGAACUCCACUGCAGCCCCUGUCCAGCCUGUCUUCUCCACAAUGCAAUUCUCUCAGCCAGUCCAGUUCCCACGGAUGCCCAAGGGGCGCAAACAGCGAACUCAGGGCUUUCAGCCUGCCCACCAGGCACCCGUGGCUCAAACUAUCAUCCAGACAGUUCACAGCAUCCCUGGACAGAUGCUCUCUACUCCUGGAAUCCCUCCUAUGGCAUACCCCACCCCAGCCUAUGCUGUACCUUUCUUCACCAGCAUCCCAAAUGGGUUUUACCCAUCCAAGUCCAUCGUCAUAUCAGGCGUGGUCUUGUCAGAUGCUAAGAGGUUCUAUAUCAACCUUCGCUGUGGGGGUGACAUUGCUUUCCACCUGAACCCCCGUUUCAAUGAGAAGGUUGUGGUCCGAAACACUCAGAUCAACAACUCCUGGGGGCCCGAAGAGCGAAGCCUGCCUGGGAGAAUGCCCUUCAGUCGUGGCCAGAGUUUCUCAGUGUGGAUCUUAUGUGAAGGUCACUGCUUCAAGGUGGCCGUGGAUGGUCAGCAUAUUUGUGAAUACCGCCACCGCCUGAUGAACUUGCCGGAUAUCAACACUCUAGAGGUGGCCGGUGAUAUCCAGCUGACGCACGUGCAGACCUAGGAAGGUCUCUGGCCUAGGGAUGAAGGCUGAGGAACCCUCCCUGAGUCUUGUCAUCUCCUCCCUGUCUCAGCCCUGCCUCCCCAAAUCCUGUCAUCCAAAGAGAGCCUCAUUGGCAGGAGUUCCAGGAAGGUGACAUUCCCAAUUCACACCCUCCACAAAGGGGGAGUCCUGGGCUACGGGACAUAUGGCUGUGAGCCCACAGUGUCAGCCAUUGCUCCCAAGCUAGUUAUCUUCUGAGGGAAGUGACCUCCCUGGGUUUGCCCCUUUCUCUGACCCUUUCCCUUCACCCCUCCAGGAGGGCCACCUUGAUGUCGUCUCAUUGGCCUCCAACUGACCCAGAAUGUCCACAUUAACUUUUCCCCAAUUCCCAUAAAAUAAAUAAGUAUCAACGCUUGUCUACACACACA